GUCCCUGGCUGCUCUUGGUUGGAGCGGUCUUCCCGUUGUCUAGCUCGAGUCUCUCCUGCUGCAGCUUCAGCGCUGACCGAGACGGUCUGCAAGGAGGGAGCGGGCGGGGAGAGGCUGGAGUCUGGGCCACCCCCUCCUCCCACGCUGCGAGCGCCCAGACGACGGCGGGAUGACGGCUGGGAGUCCCGGAGACUGCGCCGAGGUGCGGAGGAGCCCCGAGGGCCGCGUCUCCCGCCUGGGCCGCCGCCUGGGCCGCCGCCGGCGCCCGCGCUCCCCACCGGAGCCUCUGCGGGUGCGGGCCCGGCUGCGGCUGCGCUCGCCGUCGGGGGCGUUCGCGGCGCUGGGGGCGCUAGUGGUCCUGGUGGGCAUGGGCAUCGCCGUGGCUGGCUACUGGCCGCACCGCGCGGGGGCCCCUGGGCCCCGGGCUGCCAACAGCAGCUCACACCCGGUGGGCGAGCUCCGGCGCGAGGGGCGCGGCGCCGGCCGGGCUCACGGCCCGCACGAGCGGCUGCGGCUCCUGGGGCCGGUGAUCAUGGGCGCCGGCCUGUUCGUGUUUAUCUGCGCCAACACGCUUCUGUAUGAAAACCGAGACUUGGAGACGCGACGGCUCCGUCAGGGGGUGCUGCGCGCCCAGGCCCUGCGGCCCCCCGACGGCCCAGGCUGGGACUGUGCGCUCCUACCCAGCCCCGGCCCCAGGACUCCGCGGGCCAUAGGCUGUGCAGAGCCAGACAACUGGGACCUGUCCCCGCGUCGGGGAACCUCGCCCGUCCCAUCGGUGCGGAGCCUGCGUUCAGAACCUGCUAACCCUCGCCUGGCCUUGCCUGCCCUGCUCAACAGCUACUCGCUGAAGGGCCCGGGGCUGCCCCCACCCUGGGGGCCGAGGGCCCAGCCUGGUCACGUGAUCAUCACCGUGCAGCCCUCUGGUUCCUGCAUCGAACAUUCCAAGUCUCUGGAUCUGGGCCUUGGGGAGCUCCUCCUUGGGUCCCCUGCGGCUCGAGACUGUGCGCACCGAAGCUGGCCUCGCCUGGACCGCCUCAGUCUGGGGGGCUAUGCCAAGCUGGGAGGAGGAGGGGACUUGGGUGCCCGGGUCUGAGGACGGGGAGGACAGCCUGCCGUGAGGCUGCAGCAUGGACCAUGGAAACAGGACCACAGGACCAGGAGUCUCCCUGUGGAGCAGUCGUCUGUCACAUCCCAGCUGGAGCUGGAUGCUCUGAUCACAAAGGCGUGCGGGCAGGGAAAUGCCAGUUGCACUGGGUAGGGUCAGGAGCUGGAGAGGGCUUGUUUCACCAUGGACAGUGGAGACCAGCACACCUCAGCCUCCGGAAUUUCUUCAGCCUCCAGAUGUGGCUUUAGCCCUGGACAGGUACCUGAAGGGGCUGGAGGUCCAGGCCAAGGUGACUGGGGGAGAUGCACCCGGUGUCCUGGCACGUCCACAGGGGUAGGCAAGGACCGCUAAGACCUGGAAGGUAGGCUGGGAUGUGCCAGGCCAGGCCAGGCCCCUUCUAAGGCGGCCUGGAGGUGGAGUUUGGGCCUCGGGGAAGAUGGGCAAUGAGUGGAGCUGAGACCCUCCACUGCCAUCUGGGAUGGGGACUGAGCCUUCAGCUCCCACCACCUCAAUCCCCUCCUUCCUCAGCCAUGCAGGGUCUCUCCCACAGGCCCGCACCACUGCCACUGCCUCCAGGGGGGCCCAGCCCCUCCCCACAGCCGAGGAGCCCCUCUCUCCUCUCUUAGCUGUGGUCUGUGCUGCACAAUGCCCAGCGGGGCAGAGCAUGUGCCAGUUCCCAGAAGUUCCCGCGCACGGUGCUGGAGCUGCAUCCUGUCCGAUGCCGCGCGUCAGAGAGCGGCUGGAGUUCAGGUCUCCCGGAGCAGUGUUUGCUUUCCCGGUUACCAGGAGAUGAACGGAGAAGUGGAUCAAUCCUCAGCCGGUCUUUUUUUUUUUUUUAGUUUAUUGAAAAAUGCAAUACAAGAAGCAAGACCAAAUACAUAUCUAAACACUACAACCACUUCUUUUACUACAAAAGGCCGAAACAGCAGACCUAAUUAUUGCCUAUUUACUCUAAAGAUUUUGCCAAUUUGAUUCUGCUGCCAUAGUUCCUAUUUUGUCAAGAAAUGUAAACAACUACCUGAUAUGAUUUGUAAUUUUUUAAAAAUUUACAAAGCUCCUUCAUUUUUGUCACCAAAAUAAUACAUUUGCGAGAUUUGUAAAAACAACCAGCCUGGGGCUGAGACCCUGGGCAGACGUCCCAGGGGCAUCGAGGGUGCUGGUCAGGCCGCAGCUCUGGCGCCACUUCCCGAGGUGGAGUCUCCUCCCAGCAACCCAGGGAAGCCUGGGGGAGGAGUGGGCAGAGGCACCCGGCGGGGCCCAGCAUUCGGCUUAGGAAUACAGGUCUUGCCUUUGUGGGUGGGUGGCAGCGAUCUCAUGUGGCUUGGGAGAAAUUUUUAUUUCUCGAGUGAAAAUAAAAUUGCAGCAGGAGUUGUCA